AUGCUCAAUAUACUUCUAUUGAUAACAUCUUUAUUAGUUGCAAUUAUGGUUUAUGUAAUGAAACAACGUUAUUUUAAACGUCAAAAAGAUGUGCCCGGUUUAGAACCACAAUUUUUAUUUGGUAAUUUAUUACAAUUAAAUGUUCUUUUUUCACAUCGAACAUUAACUGAUGUUCAUAAACAAUUACGUAAAACAUAUGGUGAUAUAUAUCAAUACUGGAAUGGUCCUCGAAGUUAUUAUGUUUUUAAUAAAUUUGAACAUGUUAUGCAUAUAUUGAAUAGUAAACAUAUGAAUAAAUAUGAACGAACUGAUACAGAAAUGCAUGUUUUUAGACCAUUUCAACCAAAUGGACUUGAAGCACUUCGAGGUCGUCAACAUCGAUGUUUUGCACGUAUUUUAUAUCCACUUUUUCGUAAAUCAAGUAUGCCACAACAUACAGAUUUUGCAGUAGAAAAAAUCGAUGAAGUAAUAGCAUGUUGGCAAGAACGUAUUAAGGAUAACAAUAAUUCAAAAGAAACUAUUCAUACUGAUAUGAAAGAUCAAAUGGUAGUACUUGCAUUUCAUCUUAUUAUUUCACAAUUAUGUUCAGGUUAUGAUUUACAAAUAAUUGGUGAUGGAAAAGAAGAACGUGAACGUGCAAAUGAUAUGAUUCUAUCAAUGGCAUCAGUUGCUGAACAUGCUACAACUAUUCUACGAUAUUCAAUGCCAGAAGCUAUUGCAUAUAUUUAUCUUCAAUUAUGUCCAUCAUAUCGACGUGCUGUUCGUGUCAUGGAUAAAGUCACAAAUGAAAUUGUUGAUUAUCUUUCUCAUUUACAACAACAAGAACAUCAUGAACUUAAACAACAAAAUAAUGAUUUAACAGAUGAUUUCGAAUUUUCUAAAAGUUUAAAAGAUAUAUCUUUUAUAGGUAAUGAUCAAUCAGUUUUAAAUACAUCAGAUUCUAAUCAAGAAAAUACUAAACUUCCACGUAAAGUUAUUUAUGAUUGGAUUUUAUCAUCAUUUGGUGGUGGUUAUGAUGUAUCAGCAGCGUAUGCAUGGUUUAUUUUUUAUAUAAGUAAAUAUUCAAAUGUACAAGAAAAUAUCAAACGUGAACUUCGUGAAAAUGAUAUUAAUUUAACAACAGUACUUAUAGCUAAAAUUGUUUCACAAUUAGUUUAUGUUGAUUGUGUAUUAAAAGAAAUUUUACGUCAUGCACCUAUUAUUGAAGCUGUAACACGUCAAGUUGUACAACCAGAUACUGUUGAUAAUGUUAAUUUAUCUGUUGGUGAUCGUGUACUUUUUCCACUCUAUAGUUUUCAUCGAAGUAAAUCUAUUUGGAAACAUCCAGCUGGUCCAGAUGCUUUUGUACCUGAACGUUUUCUUAAUGAAGAUAAAAAUUAUCCACCGCAAGCUUUACUUACUUUUGGUGGUGGACUUCGUCAAUGUUUUGGUCAACAUUUAGCACAAUUUCAUUUGAAAUUAUUUUUUGUAAGAACUAUGCAACGAUUAUCAUUUCAUGAUGCACCUGGAAAUGAUGGUGGUGAAAUACAUAAUAUUACUGGUCUUCCAAAUAAUUUAGCUGUUUAUAUUACGUUUGAAGACAAUCAAAUUUCUUAA